AAGUGUUUGUGGGAAGGAAUGGGAGAACAAACCCAACAAAUGUGUGCCCCCAGCCUGCGAGCGUUGUAGCAUGCGUCUGAUCACGUUGGUAUUUAAUGAGGGAACAGUAUUGAAAAAUGGCACGGAAACCUUUGAAGCCUGGGAGGAUCCUCCUCCACCAGUCUACAUGCAGUUCUACUUUUUUAAUGUGACCAAUCCUUUAGAAGUGCUUCAAGGCGAUACUCCUCUUGUAGAGGAAAUAGGGCCAUACACCUACCGAGAAUACAGGCCAAGAGUGCACGUUCAGUUUUUGGACAAUGGUACCAAAGUAUCUGCUCUGAAUCCAAAGACAUACGUAUUUGAACCUCAGAAGUCAGUUGGAGACCCUGAAGUGGACCUGAUUAGAACAGUUAAUAUUCCUGCAGUGACUGCGAUGGAAUGGACCAGGUCAACCCCUCUUCAGUUUGCCACAGAGGUGCUGCUGCUUCUGUACCAAGAAUCCCUGUUUACAGUUCACACCGUUCAUGAAUUACUGUGGGGCUACAAAGACAGGCUCCUGUCAACCAUUCAUCUUCUGCAUCCUGAGAUCGAUCCCGUGUUUGGUUUCUUUAAUAAGAUGAACGGAACUGAUGAUGGAGAAUAUGUUUUCCUAAGUGGGGAAACGAACUACCUUAACUUCUCAAGGAUUGUGGAAUGGAAAGGAAAAGAGUCAUUGAGCUGGUGGACAACAAAGACAUGUAACAUGAUCAAUGGAACAGAUGGGACAUCCUUUCACCCACUGAUUAGCAAAGAUGAGAACAUUUAUAUCUUUUCUUCUGAUUUCUGCAGAUCCCUUUACCUGGUGUUCGACAGCUCAGGAACUGUUGCAGGCAUUCCGACCUACCGCUUUGUGCCCUCUGCUAUGGUAUUUGCCAACACGACGGUUAACCCAGACAAUGCUGGAUUCUGCGUGCCACCAGGAAACUGCCCUGGCACUGGGGUCCUCAACGUCAGCAUCUGCAAACAAGGUAUACCAGUGGUGGUGAAUGGGUCCAGUUGGUGGACAGUUACAAGCAGAGUUCCCCAGGGCUCAGUAUUGGGGCCAGUUCUGUUUAAUAUCUUUACCAGUGAUCUUGACGAGGGGAUUGAGUGCGCCCUCA